UAAACCUCCUUAGAAAUACCUGGAUCAACUCACCAAAUAAAGCCUACCAUGGAAGCUUACCAAAACCAAAACAAGUGGCGUCACAAGAUCGACAAACCACCCUCUUGGGCGGUUCUCAAAAGGCUCUUCUUUGGUAAACAGCGACGACGAAAACAACAAGAGCAAGUAGAGCAAGAGCCACUACAGCAGAAGAAGAAGAUGAUGAAGAAGCAAAAGCAACAACUGGAGCAAGAAACGGGCAAGAAAUGCAAGAAGAUGAGGUGUUCAGGUUCCAUAUGUAGCAACACAAAGGUCAUUCAGAGGCCUGAAGUAGCUUCCCCUGAAGUUCACAAGAAAAGGGCAUCAUUCGCCACAACCGAUGAUGCUUCUACCAGAUCCAUGAAAGCUCCUCUGCGUGAACUCAAUGGACUGCCCGUUUCUUCCUCUAAUUCUUCACUGCUUUCUGUAUCCUCAACCGCACCAGCCUCCUCAGUCGGCGGUUCUUUUGGAGGAAUGCCGUUUGGGAGAUUCUCCGGCUGUUAUGAGUGCAAAAUGGUUGUUGAUCCCCUCCUCGGAAUAUCCAAAGACCCCUCCUUUAGGGGCGCCAUUUGUUCCUGCCCUGAUUGUGGUGAGAUUUUCAUGAAAGCUGAAAACUUGGAGCUUCAUCAAGCUGUUAGGCAUGCAGUAUCUGAACUGGGUCAUGAGGAUACAAGCAAGAACAUAGUGGAAAUCAUAUUCCAGUCAAGCUGGUUGAAGAAACAAACACCCAUCUGCCAAAUCGAUCGCGUCCUUAAAGUCCAUAACACCCCCAAAACAAUCUCCAGAUUCGAAGAAUACCGUGACUCCAUCAAAUCCAAAGCCACCAAGCUCCCCAAGAAGCUCCCACGUUGCAUAGCCGACGGUAACGAGCUCCUAAGGUUUCACUGCACCACUUUUGCUUGUUCACUCGGUGACAGCGGUUCCACCAACUUGUGCAACGCGAUUCCAAAGUGCAAUGUCUGUAGCAUUAUAAAGAAUGGGUUCAAGGUGGCUCAAGAAACCGAUGGAAAAGGAAUCUUAACAACAGCAACCAGUGGCAAAGCUCAUGAUAAGGCAAUUGGGGUUGAAGAUGAGGGUUGUGAGAAGAGGGCAAUGCUCGUUUGUAGAGUGAUCGCUGGGAAAGUGAAGAAGAACAUGGACGGUAACAUCGAGGAUUACGACUCCGUUGCCGGUGAUGUUGGGGUCUACUCCGAUCUGGAUGAACUGUUUGUGUUUAAUCCUAGGGCUAUUUUGCCUUGUUUUGUUGUUAUCUAUGGAGGGUUUUAG